CAGAAGAAUAUUAUAUGCAAAGUUGGAGAGAAGGAGAGAGCGAGAGAGAGAGUGAGAGAGAGAGAGUCCCAGCGUAGGAGAGAGGAGAGGAGAGCACCUUGGCGUGAGAGAGAGAAGGAGUGAGCGAGAGAGAGUCCCGGCGUAGGAGAGCACCGUCAGAAGGAGUUGACGUGAGAGAGAGUGAGAGGGAGAUAGAGUCUCAACGCAGCGGAAAGAGAAAGGCUCCACCGCUACAAGUCGGCACUAGCUGUGACGUGUAGAAGGGAGACCCCGUUGAAUGCUUAGGUGACGCGCAGCAGUAGGCAGCAUCGUUGUAAUUUUAGGUGGCAGCACCGUUCAUUUUAGCAGCUUUUAAAUACAAUUUUCAGAAAUGGCUGGUAAACGACAGGGAAAAACAAACUUGAAGCCUGAGGUUGCAGAAAAGUUGAGAAAAUCCAAUUCAUCGCUUCUUCAGGAGAUUGAAAGUAUUCUUCAUGCUGCAGAAGAUGGCUUUAAUUUGGUGAACUCAACUAGAACGGAAAUCGACUGGACUCAAAACAUCGCAGGAUGGAUGACUACGUGUGAAAAAUAUAUUGCGAAUUUAAGGGAAAUAUUAAAUGAACCUAAUUCUUCAGCAGGAAGCCAAAAAUGUCUUAACCUAAUUCAGCAAUUUAUUUGUCUAAAUACAAAGUUUGAAUUUUAUUUGAAACAAGGAUUUGGAAUGGGAGAAAAUUCAAAAAAAUCAGAAUCUCCAGCUGCAGAAAUGGAUAACAUUACGGAUCGUGUUCGUUGGAGCAAUUGCGAGAGUGCUUUCAAAUGUCGUCUUCAAACUAGUUUCAUUAUUAACUUGAUACAUAUAGAUGUAAAAGCAUUUUUAGAUGAUGCUUGCAUACUUUUCGAAGAACAUAUCCCAGAUAUUAUUAAGAGACAUGGACCACUAAAAGUUUAUGCUGUUCUUGCUGCAAAAUUUAGGAAAGUUGCAAAUGAUGAAGAAAAAAUUGAAUCAAAAUAUUUCAACGUAAAAAAUGAACAAAUUUUCCCAACAACAGUUUUAAAUGAUUGGUACAACAAGAAUAUUAAGGAGCCAAUAUUGCAGAAAGUGGAGGAGUUUGCAGAGAAGGAAUCACAAUGGACUUUACAUUCCAUAAUGAAAUUAGAAAUUAAUAUAAAUAAGUACAAUGCGAUACGUGUAGGUUCAUACAUUGAGUUACCACGUCAAAUAAAAUUAAAAAAAGCUUGCAUCAACGUUAGAAAUUAUGAUCAAAAAUGUUUCAAGUGGGCUGUGUUAUCAGCUCUUCACCAACAAGAUAAUCAUCCAACAGAUCUCUCCAAUUAUUAUGAAUUUGAAAAUGAAUUAAACUGUGAUGGAAUAGAUUUUCCUUUAAAACUAAAGGAUAUUUCGAAAUUUGAGAAACAAAAUAAUGAAAUCUCCAUAAAUUUAUAUGGACUGCGAUUAAAAGGCAAGAAUUUUAUUACUGUUCCAUUGCACUUGACUGCUGAGAAAAAGGAGAAGCAUGUCAAUUUGUUAAGAGUUGAAAGUCAUUAUGAAGAUGAGGGUUCUAGUGAUAAUGAUGAUGAUAAUAAUCAAGUCAUCUCACUAGAUUAUCACUACGUGUGGAUCAAGAAUUUGUCUCGUCUCGUGAGUUCUCAAGUCUCUAAAAACAGAAGUAAAAAAUACAUUUGCGACCGAUGUCUUCAUUACUUUACCACGGAGGAAAAACUAACUAAACACGUAGACGAGUGUCAAAAAUUAAAUGAAUGCAGAAUUAACCUACCCAAACCCGGAAAGAAUUUCAUUUAUUUUAAAAAUCAUGGAAAUAAAGAAAAAGUUCCAUUUGUAAUCUAUGCAGAUUGUGAGUGCCUUCUAAAACCUGUUAGAGAUGAGGAAAAUAAUACUAAUACAGAAAUUAUUCAACGACAUGAAAUGUUGAGCAUUGGAUAUUAUAUUAAAUGCAGCUAUGAUGACUCACUUUCCGGUUAUAAUUCAAGUCCAGAAGGAGUGAAUCCUGCCAAGUGGUUCUCCCAGGUGUUGCAGAAAAUUGCUCAAAACGUUGACGCAAUUAUGAAAAAUCCAAUUCCAAUGGAUAGAUUGACAGCAGAGGAAAUUGAGAAAUUUGCAGUAUCAACAACAUGUCACAUUUGUGAUGGGCAAAUUUCUUCACUUGACAAGAAAGUUCGAGAUCAUUCACAUUUAACAGGUAAAUAUCGAGGCCCUGCACAUGAAGCAUGUAAUUUAAAUUAUCAAGAUUCACGAGUAAUACCUGUUGUAUUUCAUAAUUUAAGUGGGUAUGAUGCUCAUUUUAUAAUUGAAGAUAUUUGCUUAGAAUUUGAAGGCAGAAUUGAACUAUUACCGUUAAAUAAAGAAAAGUAUAUUUCAUUUAGCAAGCAUGUAAAAGGAACUGAAAUUAAAUUUCGAUUUAUCGACUCUUUCAAAUUCAUGGCAUCAUCUUUAGAAAAAUUAGCAUCAUACCUUACAGAAUAUAAAAUUGUCAAACAAGCUUUUUCUAACUUCACUUUAGAGGAAAUAAAUUUAUUAACACGUAAAGGAGUUUUACCUUACGAAUAUUUAGAUAAUCUAGUAAAGUUGAAAGAAACUAGAUUACCAGAUAAAGAAAAUUUUUAUAGUACAUUAAAUGAUAGUGGGAUUUCUGAUGAUGAUUAUUUACAUGCUCAACGUGUAUGGUCUACAUUUAAUUGUUCUAAUCUCGGAGAAUAUGUAGAUUUAUACAUGAAAACUGAUGUCCUGUUAUUAACGGAUAUCUUUGAAAAUUUCAGAGAUCAAUGCCUACUCGCUUAUGGACUUGAUCCUGCUCACUACUAUACAACACCAGGAUUGACGUGGGAUGCGAUGUUAAAAUGUACUAAAGUGAGGUUAGAACUGCUUACAGACAUUGAUAAGCUAAUGUUUUUUGAACGUGGUGUGCGAGGAGGUAUUAGUCAAUGUAGUAAUCGUUAUGCUUGUGCUAAUAACCCUUUUAUGGAAAAUUUUAAUGAGAAUGAGGAAAUCAAGUAUAUUAUGUAUUUUGAUGCAAACAAUUUGUAUGGGUGGGGUAUGGUUCAACCACUUCCUUAUGGUGGAUUUGAGUGGAUUCCGGUUUCAGAUGAUUUUGAUUUUAAUAUUCAAGAUGAUGAAGCUUUUAGCUACAUUUUAGAAGUUGAUUUAGAUUAUCCGCAAGAUUUGCAUGACAGUCACAGUGAUUUCCCAUUUUGUUCUGAACACACAAAUCCACCAUCAGAAUUAAAGCAAGCGAAACUUUUGACAACUUUGAAUCAUAAGCGGAAAUAUAUUAUUCAUUGCAGGGUAUUGAAACAGGUUAUAGCUAAUGGGUUAAAGUUAGUAAAAAUUCAUAGAAUCAUGAAAUUCAAUCAAUCAACAUGGCUUAAGUCAUAUAUAGAUUUCAAUACUUCGAUGAGAGCUAAGGCAAAAAAUGAAUUUGAAAAGAACCUUUUUAAACUCAUGAAUAAUGCUGUAUAUGGAAAAACGAUGGAAAAUGUUCGGAAACAUGUCGACGUUAAACUUGUAACUAAAUGGAAUGGUCGCUAUGGUGCUGAGGCUCUCAUUUCCAAACCCAACUUUCACAGUCGGUCAAUAUUUAAUGAAAAUUUAGUAGCGAUUGAACUUAGAAAAACAGAAAUUUUAAUGAACAAACCAAUUUACAUUGGCUUUUCGGUACUUGAUUUGUCAAAGAUGCUUAUUUAUGACUUUCAUUAUGAUUAUAUGUUAAAAAAGUAUGGUAAAUCUUGCAAAUUGAUGUACACAGAUACGGAUAGCUUAAUUUACGAAUUAAAAUGUGAUGACAUUUUUGCUGAUAUGAGGGAAGAUAUUCACAAAUUUGAUACGUCAGACUAUCCAAAGGAUAAUAUUUAUAAUAUUCCGCAAGCCAACAAUAAAAUACUUGGACUCAUGAAAGAUGAGUGUAGUGGAAAAAUUAUUACUGAAUUUGUUGGCUUGCGGAGUAAAAUGUACAGUAUUCGUGUAAAUGGUCAAGAUUUUACGAAAAAAGCAAAAGGUGUAAAAGCAUCAGUUGUGAAGAAAGAUAUAGAAUUUGAUGAUUAUAUUGAUUGUUUACAUAACUAUUCAAUUCAAAUGAGAACUCAACAUGUUAUCAGAUCACGAUUACACAAAGUUGAAACUGUUAAACAAAUUAAAGUAGCUUUAAGUCCGAUGGAUAACAAGCGUUAUUUGUUACCAGAAAGUAGCGACACUCUCGCUUGGGGACAUUAUAAAAUAAAGAGAAAUGAUGAUGAAGUAUGAAUGUCAACGACUUGUCAAUGUGUGUAUGUGUUUGUGUGUUCAAAUGUAAAUAAUAAUAUUAA